UAGUGAUUGCAGCAAGACUUCUCUCCAAUUGAGCUAUCUGUCUCAGAACCGUGCCCGGAUACAUACCAAUGGGUUCAAAAUUAAUAUGCAAGAAGUCCUCAGAUGAAGUGACAGCGGUUGCUAGCUGGGAGACAGUAAUGAGCAACUACCAUCUUCUCGAAGCUACUAACGUCGACUCACUAGAGAAGACAGCUGAUGGCCUCAUAUACCAGGCAGGUCUCUCAUCCGCCGUCUGGGAGAUUGGGUCUCAGGCAAUCUGUAAGGUCAUCGGACGAUUCCCGUUACGACUGGACUAAUCUUCAUAAAUCAAAGCUCUCCAACGUAGGAUUUCAACUUGACCACAAUCAUGUUGCGUGGCAGAAGUCUCUAGAUUUGAGCCAUUAUGAGGUUCAUGAGCUUAGUGACGCCUGGUGAUACUUACACCCCCUCUUGUCUACCCACUCCUAGUCCGUUUAGGCCCGGCUGACGUGUUACUGACUAAGAAAGUGCGGUAACACUGAUCGAUCCUAGUUAUAUGAAUAGGAUUCCUCUUUGACAUCAGAAGUCUCACUUGUGAAUCGUUAUCUUCAG